AUGCGUUCUCCACUACUUCGACAGCUCACGAGGGGCCUACCGCGCCCUGCUCGGAGUUUCGUCACUUCAGCCCGGUUUAAGGUCAACGCGGACACGCCUGCCCAACCCGCGAUCGCUUCCACGAUAGAUUCCGUUGUAGAAUCAGUGAAAGUUCACCCGUUGAAGCCAUCCGACGCUUCCAAUAAGCAUCAUGCAACUGACAAGCGCAUUGGCCUAUCACUUGCCACCGUGGAGGUCGUGAAACCAGCGAGUGUAUCGCACCGUGCUUACGGCCUGUCUAUCACAGCUCCUGGUGUUCAUACCAUAUCAUUGAACUAUACUUAUCUUCGUGAUAUUUGCAAAUGCCCCCAAUGCGUGGAUCGCUAUUCAAAACAACGCAAUAUCCGCACGAACGACAUCCCUACCGAUAUUCGCCCUCGUCACAUCAAGUGGGAUGGAGAGUAUUUAGAGAUCCAAUGGGCCACCGAUAUCCCCGGUGCGAGUCCAGAUCACAUUUCGCGAUGGCAUCAUAGCUACCUUCAGAAGCCCACGCUCGAUACCCAUGAUCUUCACGAUGCUUCGAAUAAGCCCGUGACCUGGGACAGAAAGAAUAUGGAGAAACAUCAGCAUUGGGUCUCUUAUGAAGACUACAUGACCAAUGAUGCCAAAUUCGCAGCUUCGAUGCGCAACUUACAACGCGCGGGUCUUGUUUUCGUCAAGGAUAUCCCUGAUUCACGCGAAGAGGUCGAGAAGAUUGCGACGCGCAUCGGCCCAUUGCGAAAUACUUUCUAUGGGAUGACCUGGGAUGUGCGGACGGUUCCUGAGGCCAGGAAUGUGGCUUACACUAACCAGUUCUUGGGCUUCCACAUGGACCUUAUGUACAUGAAUGAGCCCCCAGGCUACCAGUUCCUGCACUGCCUGGAGAACUCCUGCGACGGGGGCGAGUCGCUAUUCGCUGAUGCAUUCCGUGCCGCCUCCAAAAUGAGGCGACAGCACCCGAAAGAGUUUAAAGAACUCACUGAACGGAAGAUGGGCUACGAGUAUGUUCACGAGGAUCAAAUCUACUACAAUGAACGGCCCGUUUUUGAGCUUGAUGAAUCACGCAAGCAUUUUCGACACGUCAACUACUCACCUCCCUUCCAAUCUGCCAUUCCAAUCCGGGGCAAGCUGCGAUUCCAGCCUCUGAAGGAGGCCUUGGAUGUGUUUACCCAAAUGCUAGAAUCGAAGGAGAUGACCUUUGAUUUGAAAUUGAACCCGGGCGAAUGCGUGAUCUUUGAUAACCGUCGCAUUGUUCAUGCACGUCGCCAUUUCAACACUUCGACUGGUUCGCGGUGGCUAGCGGGUGCGUAUGUGGACACAGACGCCGUGCUCUCUCGCUUCAACGUGACUUCGAAGAAACAACCAGAUGCAUGGCGGGCUGCGGAUCCCCUGAAACACGUUCCCAGUUUAAAUAAAGACAAAAAGACCGCAUAA